AUGGACGUCCUCAAAUUUUUCCGGAUGUCUUACUCUAUAAUGCUUUACAGCAGACGGGAAGAGAUCCAUAGACCACAUCACCAAGAGCAAUCCGUACCAGUAAGAAAUCAACCACUCGAAAACGGCCGAUUUACUGUUCUUAUCUUUCUUCAUAUAAGCGCCGAAAAAGCAUGCGAAAACGGCAGCACAUACGAGCCAGAAACAUUUAAACCAAAACGAAACCAUGUACAAGUUUCCCCAUCUGUGAUUGCUGAAAAUGACUUUUUCGUGAUUGGGACUGAGCCGGUGGGGAUAAUUGCCAAAAAUAAACGAAUUGAAAAAAUUGAAAAGACAAGCAAAAAAACAAAACGCAAUAAAUACUCCCACCAUGGAGAUAUGGACGCGAUGAAAAGCAUUGGUGUUGAAGAUUGCCACGAAAAGAAUCCCCAACUGGCCAAUAAUCGCACAAACAAUACUAGCAAUAGCAAGCUUGGGUUGUCUUUUCAGAACAAACGGCUGCAAUUUAUGUUUUUUUCUCAAAACAAAAUCCAUAAUUAA